CUGCAGCCUCCCUCACCUCCUCCAUUGUGAGCCGGGGCGGAGCCGCUGCUGCCGCUGCCCAGCGGGGUGGGUGCGGGGAGAGCCCUUCCCUAGCGCCCCUCGGGGCCCAGCCGCGGGGACUUUCUGCGGGGGCUGGAACCAGCCCCUGGGGCAGCCCUGGGCUCUGCCGAUACCAGCCCCUGAGCCGGAGCCUGCAGGUUGCAGAAUAACAUCCACAUUUCGCUCCAGGUCAUCCAGUCCAUGGAGAGACAGGGAAGGGAAAUGGCUGCAGUGGAGCUGGUGACCUUCGAGGAGGUGGCUGUGUAUUUCUCCAAGGAGGAAUGGGCUCUGCUGGACCCAGGUCAGAGAGCCCUCUACAGGGAUGUGAUGCAGGAGAAUUAUGAGACUGUGACCUCACUAGGAUUUCCAGUUUCCAAACCCAGUGUGACCUCCUGGCUGGAACGAGAGGAGAAACUGUGGGUCCCCAGUCUCCAGGAAUGGGGGAUUCUGAGAGAUGCCUACACAGCAGGUGAUAGGAUGGUGAAUGAGAACAAGGAGGAGAAUCAGGAACAUCCUGAGCAAUUGGAACUGCACAGGACAUCAGGAAGAUCUGAAGGGGAGGCUUCCCAGAUUCCUGAGCAUGGAGAUGCUGCCCCUCUGGCCUGCACUGACUUUUGCAUGCAAGAAAACCAGCCGGGGCAGAGACAGUGUAAAUCCUCUGACCAGAAAAUAUGGAUCAAGAAAAACAAAGACACUGUUCAACAGAGAAUCCCCAUUGGUAAGACACCCUACACAUGCGGUGACUGUAGGAAAAGUUUCAGGUGCAGAUCACAACUUACUAGACACCAAAGAACCCAUACAGGAGAGAGACCCUACACAUGCCUGGACUGUGGGAAAAGAUUCAAACAGAGCUCAGCCCUAAUUACACAUCGUACAGUCCACGAACGAAAGAAGACCUAUAACUGCCCUGACUGUGGGAAAGGCUUCAGUCGGAGCUCAACCCUUAUUCAGCAUCAAAGAAUCCACACAGGAGAGAAACCUUAUGAAUGCAGUGAGUGUGGGAAAAGCUUCCGUGUGAGCUCAAAUCUUCUAUCACAUCAGAGAACCCACACAGGGGAGAAACCCUAUGAAUGCCUUACUUGCGGGAAAAGCUUCAUUCAGAGCUCAAACCUUCUAUCACAUCAGAGAACCCAUACAGGAGAGAGACCCUACCAAUGCAAUGAGUGUGGGAAAAGCUUCAGUCAAAGUUCAUCCCUUAUUAAGCAUCAGAGAAUUCAUACAGGAGAGAAACCCUAUAGCUGCCCUGACUGUGGGAAAAGCUUCAGUUACAGUGUAGAACUCAAUGAUCAUCAGAGAACCCACACAGGGGAGAGACCCUAUAAAUGCAAUGAGUGUGGGAAAACCUUUAGUUGCCUCUCACACCUUCGAUCACAUCAUACAACCCACACAGGAGAGAAACCAUAUAACUGCCCUGAAUGUGGGAAAAGCUUCACUCGCAGGUCAACCCUUACUACUCACCAGAGGAUCCACACAGGGGAGAAACCCUUUAAGUGCUCCGAAUGUGGGAAAAGCUUCCGUGCAAGCUCAGCCCUUUCUGAACAUCAAAGAAUCCACAGUGGAGAGAGACCCUACAAGUGUCUUCACUGUGGGAAAAGUUUCUAUAACAACUCAGCCCUUUCUAAUCACCAGAGAUCCCACACAGGUGAGAGACCUUACACAUGCAAUGAGUGUGGGAAAAGCUUUAGAAGCAGCUCACACCUUCUGUCACAUAAGAGACUCCACAGUGGUGAGAAACCCUAUAAGUGCACUGACUGUGGGAAAGACUUCCGGCACAGCUCAAACCUCAGUACACAUAAGAGAAUCCACAUAGGACACACACCCUAGAAAUGUCCUGGCUAGGAUUGGGCCAAGUGAAGGACCUUUUCUGAUUCCCAUGAAUUUUAAAGAGUCAGGCCAGGCUGUAGUGGCUAUGUAACUAGGACAUGAAAUGUUUAUUAAAGCAGAAAAUGAAAUCAUCUUCCUGGGACAGAGCCAUGCAGAGCAAGAGGCUUAGAUAAGAUUUGCACAUUGUAACUGCAUUUGAUUUAUGACUUCUCAAGAAACUGUGAACAUCCUCCUUCAUCUCCCAGUUUUACUUUUGAUGUUCUUACAGGGGUAGUCAAUUAUUUUUAUCAAGGUCCAGAUUUCUUGGUCAAAGUAUAGUCAAGGUUCAGGCUUCAGAGCAAAUAAUAAUAAUAAAAAACAACAAUAACAAAAAGAUUUUUGGGGCCCAUUCAAAAGUGUCUGGUGGCCCGGAUUUGGCCUAUGGUUGACCUAUUGACUCCCCCUGACCUAGAACCAGCUUCAUUUUAUAGAAUGUGACUUCUAAUUUAUACUUGAUAGUGUUUUAGACCUCGAUGCUCCAAGGGACUGAGGUGCUGUGACACUUGAGGAUUGCAAUACCUAACUUUUAGGUACCUAGAAAAUCACAGAUACCACACUGGGAUCCACAAAGCCUGAGUUAGCAGGCUAGGCUCCAUAGAAAAUGAAUGGGGUGAUAUAGGCAUUUUAGAUUGUGAUUCACAAAGGCCAGCAGGUGGGGAGCCACCAAAGCUAGCCAAUGGGACAUGCCAAUGAAAGUGGUGUGGUCUAAGCCCCAUCCCUCUCACAGAGAUAGGCGCCUCCCUGGUCUUGCAAUUCAUGAUGGGGCAUGUUCUGUUAGGCAUGUUCAGAGGCCAUGUAACUCAGCACAAAACAACGGGGGAUUGAGGAGGAGAAAGACAACAUUCUUUGUAACCUUUAGCACAGAUGUGGAAGACCCUUAGUUCAAGUCCCUCCUCCACCUGAUGAGGUAAAAGAAUUUGAACAUGGAUCUGCCCACUCUCAGAGUAGUACCCUAGCCACAGAGCAAGUCUGGCUGUGGGACUCACUCGGUCUAUCCGAGUAAAACAGUUCCACUGUAUAUAAAUACUUAGUCAUUGGGCCAGAGAAAGAAAGUGAGACUAACUCAAUAGUCUUGUGGUGAGAUCACCUACCUGUCAGGUGGUAACCUUGUCUCCAGAUCCUUUGCUCUAAUGACUCCUUACAUUGACGUUAUCCUAACUUCCACCAUGAAGAAGACUGCACACUGAACAAUGGAAUGAAGGGUGAGAAAUUCUACCUACUUAAAAGUGCAGAAAGAUUUCAAUUCUUAUUGCUAAAAUUCUAUAGGGAAUUUCUGUGCUUUAAAGGAGGUCAGAAUUUGACCUUGGAGAGAAUAAUUAUUGUUUUCCUAGAACACUGAACCCAUUGGAGUUGAGUUCUUUUCCAUUAAACCAGACUCUUGGGCUCUUAGGCGCUCUUAAUUGGAAAAUACCAAACUCAUAUAAACCUAACAACUUACUUCCAACUAUAAAAUAUUUCCUAAUUUCAAAUGGUGCAAAAGAAAAAAGAAUUU